UGUAUUAGGAGGGACAAGAGAUUAGAGACAUUUUAUACUUUCUCACACACAAACAUGUUUUCCCUCAACCACUAUCUCUGAAAGAUUGUUUUUCGCCUGAGCAAAAUUUUCCUAACCUUCCGCCGCAUCACAUGGAAAAAUGCAAGUCUCUGUCGGGUGAUUUUGUGUGACAAUCUUUGUCCCAGUGAUUCUCCCAAAUAUGCUAUAAGUUUCUCUCUGUCUCGCGGCUAAACUCACAGUGUUGUUGCUCACAAGUUCUCACGACCUGAUCAUGGGGCCAAACAGACCAUAGGAUACGCCGCCGAGAGACUCUCUCUGUCCAGGAACGCAUAUGCCGGUGGAUUUUCAUCCGAUAGGAACGUAACCAAAGCAUUAAAAUUAAAUUCUCUUCUAAUAGAAAUUUGUGUAUAAAACGCUAAAAACUACCGCUAACUUAUUUAUUUAUUCAAACUAAUUUAUUUCAACGGAACUUUAUAAAAAAAAUCAAGUUUCAAAAACACUUUUCUCACCUGACUUUGGCAGUGACAGAGCAAAAAGGUAACAAAAAAGAACAGAAAGGAGAAAAAAGAAGGGAAAAUCGCAAAAGUCUGAUUUGAAACCAAAUAAAUUUUACACCACAUAUUUCUGCGAGAAGGAGGACAAUAAAAUUUCCACGCAAUAAUAUUUUGAGCGUCAAAAAUACGAAGAGGGAGAGAGAGCGAGUUGGAGAAGCAGCACAAAAUAUUGAUUUCAUAUCACACAACACUUUUCCAUGGUUGAAUUUUCAGUAUUAGAAUUGAUUUUGACGAAGAGGAAGGAAUAUUUUCUACACACAAACACACAUUAAAAAGAAGAAAAAAAAAUAACACACAAAAGUAACUCAAGUGUCCGAUAAAUCAGUACAAAGGAAAAAUUAUACAAAAUAGUAAGGAAAAAAAAGUGUUCAAAUGUAAAAAAUUUUUACAAAUAAAAUAGUAACGUAAUUGACACUAAUUCAAAUACAAGAAUCAAUUCAUGUGCCCAUAAAGUAAACUUAUAAAGAAGAAGAAGAAGGAGAAAAAAAGAGAAAAACAAGAGAAGUUUAUAUUUAAAAGUUACCUCUAAUAACCAAAUUGAAGCGCGAUAUUUUUUAACGUGAGCAAAUCAACAGAUAACCAAAAAAAAGAAGUGAACAAAAAUUUAUCUACGGUUUUUCUAAAAACUCAAGCAAAAGAAAAGGAAUCAAUUACAAAAGUAGUGUGAAGAGUUGUGUAUUUUUUUAAAUUUGCGAAAUAAAUAGAGCAGUUCGAGGGGCGAAAGCCGAAGUGAAAACAGUGGCGGACAGAAGUGUAUACCAAAUAAGAGACAGUGCAGGACUUUAGAUUGCGCGUGUGUUGUGCCAGAGUUCAAGUUGACCAUAAGGAAAAUCUCUCUACCUCGAUCAACAAAAAAAAAAACUAUAAGAUACUGAGUACAAAUUUUCGUGUUAGUGUGUAGAGUUUGUAGUAAAAAAAGAAACAUGUCGGCUAGACGCGAUCGCGAUGUAGCAUGGCAUCCAUGAUGAGCGCCUCGACAGCAGACGACGCCGAUCAUAGUUUGCCCUCAUUCACAAACUUCUCCAGCGACCUGGAUCCCAGCUCAUGGGAGUACUACGAGCGUGGUGAUCGCAGCGACAUUGCAUCCCAGCAAGCCAGCAACUACAAUCGGCCCUGGGAGAUGGACUCAAAGGACAAGGGCUUCGAGCCCUUCUCGAAGCUGCCCUCCUUCCAGAGUCAGUUCCACACGUACUCGGAUCCGCCGCUGGUGCCCGAGCCUAGCCUACCUCAGCCCGUCCCGGUGCCCGUGUCGCCCAGCUCAGCGUCGCCCGGCAACGGCUCCCUCACGCAGCUCACGCCCAUCAAUCCGCUGCAGCCUGGCCUCACCACCUUGCCCAGUCCCAGCUUCCACACGCUCACCGCCGUGAACACGCGCACUUAUCCGCUAGUGCCGGCGCCCAUUCAGGCGCGCGACAUUCCCACCAUCCAGCAGCAGUACCUGGACGAGCGCCACAUCCAGCUGUACCAGCCCAUCGCCACCUUUCCCAGCCAGAACGUCGUCACGGUGCUGAAGAACGAGCCCGGGAACUUCGACCUGAAGAACGGGCUGCACCACAGCAACUUCCAGAAUCCGCUGCUGGACAACGGCUUCGAUGGGGCCAAGGUGAUCCAGGGCACCAAGGACACGGCCUCCCCCUCACGGUGUGACGUGCGCAAGAAGGAGCGCAGGAAAAUCCGAGCCAGCUCGCUGGAAUCCAGCGCUGAGUCCGAGAGCAGCGCCAUGGAGUUGGGCGACGUGAACUCGGGCCAGGUGGCGGCGGUGUCCAGCACGGCGAGCUUCAAGAGCCCCAUGGGCUCCAUGGGAAUGGUGGAUGGACAUGAUGACAACGGAGAGAAGCAGACGAAGAAGAAGCGGAAGAGGUGCGGAGAGUGCAUCGGGUGCCAGAGGAAGGACAACUGUGGCGACUGUGCCCCGUGCAGGAAUGAUAAGAGCCAUCAAAUUUGCAAACAGCGUCGCUGCGAGAAGUUAACGGACAAAAAGCUCAUCUAUGGCGCAGAUGGGACUCUUAUUAGGGGCGAAUCCCGACGAGGACGCGGCAAGGGCAGAGGCGGAAGCUCAAACCGAUCGAGUGUUCGCGGUCGGAAGGCACUCAAGUUCGGGGCGGUGAUUUCACCACGUCCGCAGCCACCCACGUCCUCCAUCAGCCCAGCACCGGCAGCCGUGCCCCAGCCGUCGCCAAACACCACCACCGCGUCCACGACCAACCAGCUCGUGGUCGUGUCCGGGAGUGCAGGAGGAGGCGUCGUGAAUCCGCCCGUGGUGGCCCAGGCGCAGCACAAUCAGCAGAACCAGCCGCAGCAGCAGGCCGUGUCGGCAGGAGGAACCACAGUACAAACCAUGAAGGAUCAACCGCAACAGCCCAUGGCUCCGAUGGCCUUCUACCCCACUUGGCAGGCGGAUCCUUCGCAAGGUUGGCAGAAUCAAUUUAUUCAGCAAAUACCGCAAAACAGUCCGGCAAUAACUCCGCUCAACACUAUUGAAUUCCAACCGCAGAGCUACACAUACCAGCCAAAUGGCUAUGUGCAGACUGGAAUCGGCUUCGAUCCCAGCUACGGUCGAACCUACGCCACUCCUGUGCAGAGAUAUGAGUUCCAGGCCAACCAGAUUGCGCCGAUUAAUCAGGUGUCGCUGCAGAGUGUCAGCUUCGCGCCCAGCGUGACGUACGCUGGCCAGGUGUCUGCGGGCCCCAGUCCCGUGCUGCUGGCCAGUCCGCAUCCCACCCAGAACACGGUGGCGAAGGAUGUGUCGGGAAACGAACUGCCUGGAUAUCCGCGGGUGAACAGCGUGCCGCCGCGCUCACUCAACUGUAACGGGUAUUCAGGCGACUUUAGCGGCAGCACGUCAGGAGCGCAGAGCAGCCAGGCUGGCCAGAUGCACUUCAGCCAGCAAGGCAGCAGUUCCAUGCACCCUCCGCAAGUGCCACAGUCCCCCAAUCGCGGCGCCCAGAUGCAGAUGCCGCACAACAGUCCGUCUGGAGCGGUGCCGCAGUCGCCCAACCACCAUCUGGGCUAUUCCCAGCAUCCGGGCAUGAGUCCGGCCAUGCAGCAGUCGCCCAAUCAGUCAAAUGGCAACUCCAUGAGCACCAUGUCGCCGCAGCACAGCGAGUGGGGCUGGAGCAGCCCGGCCAAUCCGCCCGGCAGUGACAUGUUCAACCAGUCGGAUCGGGUGAAUCUCAACACGAGGUUGAAAACGAUGAUCCUGAGCAAGGGCGACGCGAAGGAAGGCGGCCAGAUGCCACAGGGCGGCAGCAGUGCUGGAGCCAACGGUGGCCAAUCCUCACAGACCGGUCAUUUUUUAUCGUAUAGCCACCAUCUCCGGGACGGCGUUAGUUUAACUGACGACAACAGGUGUCCGCCAGCGGAGCCUGUCGGGGGUGGUGGCGAAACGGGCUGGAAGGCCCCCAAAGUGGAGGACUUCCAGCGACAGGAUGCUCUAUUGGCGGCCCCUUUCGGGCCGCACAGCGCUGAGAAGAGUUUAGGCGAUCCUGCCGAGGAUGCGCUGAAGAUGCCAAAAGUGGCAAGCAGGAAGAAGGAGGAGAAAACACGAAAAGACUUCAACUACCCAAAUUAUGGCGAUCUCAGCUACACGAACACCUUCUAUCCGCCGUCAUUUGACGGCACUCACGGGGCAUUUCAUCAGCCUGGAGCGAGUGCCAGGAUCAAGGAGAAGCCGCCCAGUAUUAAGCAAGAGCCCACGGAGACGCUGCAAAAUCCAGCGGCUCAAGUGAAGCUGGAGGGAUAUGAGAGGAAUUACCAGAACUUCAUCAAGUACGCUGACUAUUGUGACCAGAAGCAGCCGGUCCAGGAGUUUCCUAGCUACACUCAACCGUACUACUCUUCAGAUCCUCUCUUUCCCACGCCAACCUAUCCCAACUACCCAACCUACACGCCGCAGAACACCACGGAUUUCUCCGUGGCGGGCUUUUCGGGACCUCCCGGCGAGUCCGCGAAGAGUGAAUUGCCGUGUCAGACGAACUUUGAGAAGGAGAUUCCAGCUCACACAUACCACAUUCCGACCAGAACACAUCUCGAUGCGCAUCCGCAUUGCAGUCCUGAGAAUGUGGACAUGAAGAAGUUGGCUGGAUAUCCGUUUCUGGGCGAAGGAGGACCAGCCGCCAUCAAGGAUCCGUCGGGAUUCUCGUGUUGUCGCAAAGGCAGCACAGCUGUUCCCACAUCUGAACACUUGAAGGAUGGCUCGUGUGUGGGUCUGCAGACGAAGGAUGAGAUCAUCCUGGAGGGCGAGGAGAAGGAGGAAGAAGCGCCUCCGGUGGUGAAGGAGGAGGAACCUCCGCCACCAGUGGAUCGGACGGAGAAGAACACGAAGCCCGAAGUGCCUGACUGUGACUGUUUCCCAUCGGACAAGACUCCUCCGGAGCCUGGCAGCUACUAUACUCAUCUGGGAGCGGCGGCCACACUGUCGGACCUCCGCAGCGACAUGGAGGCGAGAAUUGGUGUGUCCGGAAGGCAGCUGAGAAUUGAGAAGAUCAUCUACACGGGCAAAGAGGGGAAGACGAGUCAGGGCUGUCCACUGGCCAAGUGGAUCAUCCGACGAGCUGAUCCCGAGGAGAAGAUCUUGUGUGUGGUUAAGAGGCGACAGGGGCAUCGGUGCCAGGCGUCCUUUAUUGUGGUGUGCAUCGUAGCGUGGGACGGGAUUCCCACCCAUGAGGCUGACAGUGUGUACAAAAUGUUGAUUCAUAAGCUCAAUAAAUUCGGAUUACCCACAACGAGGCGCUGCGCCACAAAUGAGAAUCGAACAUGUGCUUGUCAAGGACUGGACCCGGAGACUUGCGGGGCGUCUUACAGCUUUGGGUGCUCCUGGUCGAUGUACUACAACGGCUGCAAGUAUGCCAGAUCGAAGACGGUGCGCAAGUUCAGGCUGUCUGUGAAGACGGAAGAGGCGGAGAUUGAGGAGCGAAUGAACAUUCUGGCCACAAUGCUUGGGCCGCUGUACGUGAUGACCACGCCGAAGGCCUUCGAGAAUCAGUGCAAGUAUGAGCGCGAGGCGCCGGACUGUCGACUGGGAUUGAAGCAGGGAAAGCCCUUCUCCGGCGUCACGGCGUGCAUGGACUUCUGCGCGCAUGCGCAUCGGGAUCUGCACAACAUGCAGGACGGAUGCACUGUCCAGGUGGCUCUGCUGAAGCAACGACCGCCCGGCGUUCCGCCAUCCUCUGCCGAUGAUGAGCAGCUUCAUGUGCUUCCGCUGUACGUGAUGGACACGACGGAUGAGUUUGGCAGUGCCGAUGGACAGAAGGACAAGAACAAGAGUGGUGCAGUUCAGGUCCUCGAGAAAUUUCCCUGUGAAGUUCGCAUCCGAUCGACUCCGCUGCAGCCUUGUCGGCGGCACGGAAAGAAGCGGAAUGGCAAGGAUGUGGGUCCAGAGGAGGUGCCAGAUCCACCGCCGCCGCCGGUCAAUCAGGGGCCGACGAAGAAGGAGAGUGGCAAAGUGACCAAAGGCAAGGGCGCCGGCGAGAAGGGAAACAGUGGGAAGAAUGCUCAGCCACCGGCUUCGUGUCAGUCGCCGAGAUCUUCAACGCCUGGCAAUGUGGGUGUGUCGACGCCACAGAGCGGAAGCAGUGCCUUCUCGGCUCCCGUGAAUUCCAUGAUGAACUCCAACAGCAGUCUCCUGAACAUGGCCUCAAUGAUAGACAACUUCACCGACGCCCAGCUGCAGAGUAAUCAGAUAUCCAGCACAGUCCUGGACUCGCCCUACUCCUAUGACUACAACACAGGAUCCUACAUAGACUCGCGCAACUACUACGGCCAGUGGCCGGAGUAUGGCGGCUACAGCGACAGGAGUGAGCAAGUGAAGAGCAGAGGCAGUGAGGAGAAUCCCGACUCGACAACACUGCCCAGUUCAGGAUCGUCCGCCUUCAGUCCCAGCGUUCCGGCGGAGCCAAAGGCGCCCACGUGCGCCAUGGAGGAGUACAAGGAGACGGGAUUCGUGAAGCCCAAAGCCCCGGACUAUCCGCCAUCGUAUGGAUAUCCUCAUCCCAACACUUACUCCAUGUAUCCGCCCUACUCGCCCUACGAUCACUACCAGAACAUUGACUACUACGGCAACGAGAAGUUGCGGUACAACUUCGGAUACCCGCAGACUCCUUACCAUCACUACAACAUGUACCCCAACCCAGCGCCGCCUCCGCCCCCGGCAGCGCCUCCAUCGGCCCCCAAUUGGUGCAUGUAUCCGCCGCAGACGUCAUCGCUGGCGCCGCCGCCGAUGAUGAUGCCGCCCAAGGCGGAGAUCGUGCCCAAGCCGGAACCUAUUGGUGAAGUGGCGGAAAUCAACGACAACUUGGAGUGCUUCCAGGACUCCCAGAUGGGCGGCGUGGCCAUCGCGCUGGGCCACGGAAGUGUGCUGUUCGAGUGUGCCAAGCACGAGAUGCACGCCACGACGGCACUGCGGCGUCCCAAUCGGCUCAAUCCCACCCGAAUCACGCUCAUCUUCUACCAGCAUCGCAACCUGAACAGGCCCAAGCACGGCACGGAAGAGUGGGAGGAGAAGAUGCGUCAGAAGAAGCAGAAUGCGGCCGAGGAGGCGCGCGGCGGCGCUGCGCCAGAGGGCGGCGUGGGUGGUGUGGUGAAGCAGGAGCCCAGGGAGCAUCAGGGCAAAGGUGAGCAGCCCGAGGAGGCGAAGGGAGGACGCAAGGGCUCCAAGUCCAAGAUGGCCAUGCGCGCACCCACGCUCACGACCACGUCGUGGACCACGCAAUUCCCCAUGCAUCCGUGCGUGGUCACGGGGCCGUACCAGGAGCCCGGCGCGCCCAGUCCCGUGGCCGGCGCGGCGGCCACCACUUGAUCAAUCGAGAACUUCGAGAAGCUGAUUGAGGCUUUCUGAACGCGACGCGAUGUGGACACAAUCGAUGCCUGAAGUACAAAAGGAACAAAUCUUGUUAACAUACUUUCUUUCGACACUCCGAUAUCUUGCCAUGCAGACACUCUGCAUCCUUUUUCUUCCUGCUUUACGACGAUCCAGGAUCUCAAGCAUCUCUUCUGAAAAAAAAAAAAAAUUUUGCGCUCUUGUACAAAGUAGAGAAAAACUUCGAGUAGCGCGCGCGCUUUUUUGUCUUUUCAAUUUUUUUGUGUACUUUAAGGAUGAUUUCAUUUUAAUAAAAAGAAAAAAAAGCUCCAUCUUGCCGUCAAGCGAAGUUCUGGAGUCAAUUUUUGCAUUUCUUAAGAACAUCAGUUUGUUAAAUAUCAUUUUUUCUCUUCGCAGCAUCAAUUUUAUGUGUGGAAAGUUUUCAAAACUGUCCAAUGGAUUGAAAAUUUUAGUUAUUCAAAAAACAUUCUGCAAACUUAUGAAAAUUCUAGUCCAAAUGCUUGAUAGUUUUCUUACAAAUGAAUGAUUCUUACAAAUUAAAUUUGCAAAAUUGAUUUACAAAAAAAGCCAGCAAAAACACUUCAGAACUCUCGCUUGAAUGGCAUUAUUAAGAAAGUUUUGUCGUUAGAGAUUAAAGUCUCUAAUUAAAAAAAAAUUCUUUAGUGAGUAAAAUAUGAUAAUUUUAGUUCGGAUUAGCGAAAAUGGUGUAAGAGUUAAUUUUUUAGUGUGAGAGGAAGUUAGAAUGCAAAGAAGCCAAAAAUUUACAUCAAUCUUAAACUAUCGAACUUAUUGGCCAUAUAAUCCAUGUUUUGUGUGUUGUUUUUUUUUAUUUGUCUUAAAGUAAGGAAAAGAUCAUUAUUAAUUUUAUUAAUUGUGUACACAAUAAUUUUGAUUUAAUAAUUCUCAAAUUUUUUUUGUAUUAAGUCUAUCUUUGAUCCUCUUUUUAGCGCUAUUUAUUCAUUUUUUUUUGUAAUACGUUUCGAUGUGACAAAUUUAUUUAUAUAUAUAUAUUAAAUGAAAUUGAAAUUAAAUGUUUUUUAUAAAGCAAUUUCUCAAUGCCAUACUGUAGAAAUUUAAACAAAAAAAAUGUAGGUGAAAAACUAAUUGUGAAGAAAGGAAUCGAUUAGAUCAAAAAACUAAAAGUAAACAAAUAUGAGAAAUACUCAAAUGAAAAUCAACCCAGAGAAAAUUUACAAGAAUAGAAAACUAUUCUUAAUCCAGUCAAAUUCUAAAAUUCUCCCCAACAGAAGUGAAAGAAGAAAAUUAACACGUCUGCUUUCUUUGGACUGUGAACAAAAUAGCUGAUCAUUUAUGCAUGAGUAAAAGCGACAAUUAAAGAACUUUAAGAGAAAAACAAAUAGAGACUGUUAAAAAUUUGGGAUGGAAAAUUCAAAGUGUGUGAGAGAGAGAGAAAAGCGUAAGAAUCCAAAAAGAAAAGAAGCCGAAAAGGAGAAGCAUUGGAAAAUUGUGGGAAAGAGAGAAGAAUAUUUUGUGAAUGAAAAAACUUAAUAAAAGUAUUUGAAGUAAACUAUUAAUAUGUAAUAAAUUUUAAGAUGUAAUAAACUUCUAUCAAUGAUUAUGAAGAAAUGAAUAGUGAAGUGGAGGGGAAACAAAAUGAAAUACAGUAAUGAUUUUUAUUGAUAAUUAAAUAUAUAUAUAUAUAUAUAUA